GAAGGGGAUGGAAGUUUGUUUGAUAUUGUGAGACUAGGUCGUGCAUCAUUACAGGCUGUAGUAGAUGAUUGGAUAGAGACCUAUAAAGCUAAUAGAGAUACAGCCCUAUUAGAAUUGAUUCAGUUUUUUAUACAAUGUUCUGGUUGUAAAGGAAAGAUUACACCUUAUAUGUAUGGUAACAUGGAACAUGCGGAAAUUAUCAGAAAAAUGACUGAAGAAUUUGAUGAAGAAAGUGGUGAUUAUCCAUUUAUCAGUAGUGGACCACAGUGGAAGAAAUUUAAAACUAAUUUCUGUGAAUUUGUACAAGUAUUGGUGCGACAGUGUCAAUAUAGUAUCAUUUAUGAUCAAUAUAUGAUGGACAAUAUUAUCUCAUUAUUAACUGGUCUCACUGAUUCACAAGUACGAGCUUUUAGACACACUAGUACUAUGGCUGCUAUGAAGUUAAUGACAGCUCUAGUAGAUGUAGCUUUAAAUCUGAGUAUUAACUUAGAUAAUACACAGAGACAGUAUGAAGCUGAAAGAGCUAAACAACAAAAUAAACGAGCUAGUGAAAGAUUAGAAUUAUUGAUGACUAAAAGACAAGAGCUGGAAGAGAAUCAAGCUGAAAUUAGAAACAUGUUGACCUAUAUAUUUAAAGGUGUAUUUGUCCAUAGAUACAGAGAUACACAGCCAGAGAUCCGUAAGAUAUGUAUGGGAGAAAUUGGUGUUUGGAUGAAAAAAUACCCUAAUAUGUUUUUAGAUGACAGUUAUCUUAAAUAUGUUGGUUGGACCAUGUAUGAUAAAGGUGGUGAUGUAAGAUUAUGUUGUUUAAAAACUCUCUCCCCAUUAUACUAUUCUAAUGACUUAUCACCUAAAUUAGAAUUAUUUACCAACAGAUUCAAGGAUAGAAUAGUUGAGAUGACAUUAGAUAAAGAAUAUGAAGUGGCAGUAGCUGCUGUUAAACUAGCCUGUAGUAUCUUGAAGUUCAGUGAUAAUGUAUUGGCUGAUAAAGAUUGUGAAAAUGUAUAUGAAUUGGUCUAUUCAUCACAUCGUCAAGUAGCUCAAGCUGCUGGUGAUUUUCUCAAUACCAAGUUAUUUAGUCGAGAUGAAGAGGAAAAUAAACAUCUCAAAUCAUUGAAAGGAAAGAAAUUAAGUCCUAAUACACCUUUAAUUAGAGAUCUAGUUCAAUUCUUUAUUGAAAGUGAGUUACAUGAACAUGGUGCCUAUUUAGUGGACAGUUUGUGGGAAAUCAAUGAAAUGAUGAAGGAUUGGGAAUGUAUGACAGAUUUAUUAUUAGAAGAUCCUUGUAAAGGAGAAGAGCCACUAGAUGAUCGUCAAGAAACCAGUUUAAUAGAAAUAAUGGUAUGUUGUGUUAAACAGGCUGCUACUGGUGAAUCACCUGUUGGUAGAGGUCCUACUAAUAAACGAUUAACAGCUAAAGAACAGAAACAAGUAUCAGAAGAUAAAACAAAAUUAACAGAACAUUUUAUUGUUACAUUACCACAAUUACUUCUCAAGUAUUUGAUGGAUGCAGAGAAAGUAGCUAACUUAUUACAAAUUCCACAAUAUUUUGAAUUAGAAAUUUAUACAUCUAGUCGUCAAGAAAAGCAUUUAGAUUCAUUGUUACGUUAUUUACAUGAAAUAGUUGAGAAACAUACAGAUACUGAGGUGUUAGAAGCAGCAUCUAAGUGUUUUGAAGCAUUAUGUAAUGAAGAAUAUGCUAUAGCUGGUAAAUGUGAUGUAGCUAGAAAGACACUAAUAGAUAGUUUAGUUGUUAAAUAUAGAGAGGCUAUGCAAGAUUUCUUUACUGAAGGUGAUGAGCCAGAUGAUGAUGAAGCCUUUGCUCUAUUGGCCAGUUUAAAACGUAUCCAUGCAUUUUACUCGUGUCAUGAUUUAGGAAACUGGGAUCUAUGGGAUGAUUUGUUUCAUAUUAUAAGAUGUGCUAAUGAGAAUUCAGCUAUUCCAGAAGAGAUUAUAACAAGAGCUGUAGCAUCAUGUUCUAGUGCUUUAUUAUGGUAUUUUAAUAAAAUAGAUGAUAAAAACCCUGAUAAGGAUAAAUUAAGAUAUAUCAAGAAAAGAUUAAAUAAUUUAAUGAGACAUUGUAGUAAUCUUCUCUUACAUCAAUUAGAUAAAGUUGUUGAAGAGGCCUAUAUUACUAUUUGUGAUCUGUUAAUUGUGUUCAGUAAAAAUCUAUGUGAUACCAAUCCUGAAUUAAAAACAUUAGUAUUUGAACCAGAUAAGAACCUACAGAAUGAACUAAGUAAUUUUCUAUCAGAGAAAGUUUUUGUUGAAGAUGAUGAUGGUAAUCUUUAUGUUAUUUUAAAAACAGAGGAUGUAGAUGAAAAUGUUAAGAUAGAAGAAUUACAUAAAAGAAGGAAUUUUUUGGCUAGUUUCUGUAAAUUAGUGGUGUUUAAUGUUAUCAAUAUCCGAACUGGUGCUAAUAUGUUUAAACAUUAUAUGAAGUUCUACAAUGAUUAUGGUGAUAUUAUUAAAGCUACACUGAGUAAAUCAAGAGAAAUCAACAAAGUGAUGACAGCUAAAACAUUAGCUUUAAGUCUUACACAGUUAUAUAAAGAGUUACAGAAUGAACAAGGUGUUAUAGAAAGGUCAUCUGAUGUCUUCCAAUCAAUCAAGGAAUUAUCAAGAAGAUUUGCCUUGUCAUUUGGUUUGGAUCAGGUGAAGAAUAGAGAGGCUGUGGCAGCCAUGCACAAAGAAGGUAUUAUGUUCAGUGUACAAGCUAAUGAAAGAGAUCCUGAAGGUGUACCACCCAAUUUACCUUUCUUAGAAGUACUGUGUGAAUUUACCAAUAAACUGAUGAAACAAGACAAGAAAGUUGUGCUGGCCUAUUUAGAUAACCAUAUACCAGGUGGUUUAACAGGUGCUAGAGGUGAAGAAUGGCAGCCCUAUUAUACCUAUAGAAAUAGUUUAACACAAGGAGAGGGAGAAAUCAAUCCUAUUACAUUAAAACAAGCUACACAGAAACGAUUUGGGAAGAGGAAGGCUGAUAGUAAGUUUACUUUAUUUGUCAAGGUUUAUAGUUGUCUUGUAAGUGCUCAAUUUCACUUUCCUAUAGAACUUUUUACAGAGAAAAACAUAUUGUUCCUUCAAUGGAAUCAAAUUCUCCCAAAAUGUUUCCCCUUCAUGUUUUAG